AACAAUGUGCUCAUUUAGUCGCAAUUCAUUCAGGGCGAGAGUCGUGGAGAGACGUUUGCUGUUGGGUUGGAAUUUUCUCGCUAAGCUAGCUCUAGCUUCAACAUAACGGAACUUCACGUUAGUUAUUUGUUGAUAAAUGACAACACGAAGCUUUGUGGGGAAAAAAGGCGUUUGACACCGUUCUCCAUCGAAGACUACUAGGAAAACAGUAGUUACAGCAUUAGAGGUGUGCACUGAGGGGAAAAUGUCUGAGCUAAGUGAUGAAGCCAGUGAGUCAGAGCAGCUGAAUGCCAGCCUCUCCUUGUGGCUGGGUGACUGCUUGGUGUGUCCCGAGGAGCUGGAUGUUCCUCUGGACCUCUACACUGCCUGCUCGAUUGGACAGUACGAUGUAGUGGCAGAGUGCAUCAAAAAACGAGAGGUGGAUUUGGAUGGUAAGAACAUUGGAGGAUGGACUCCGCUGAUGUAUGCAUCUUAUAUCGGCCAUGACAACAUUGUAAAUCUCCUGCUGGAGGCUGGCGUGAAUGUAAAUGCACCCACCGUGAAAGGACUGACCCCCCUGAUGCUGGCAGCAAGCUGUGGCAAUGAAAGUAUCGCAUACUUUUUGCUUCAGCAAGGCGCUGAUUUGGAGCUGAAGGACUCUCGAGGUUGGACCGCUCUCUUCCACUGCACCAGCACAGGCCAUCAGAUGGUCAAGUUCCUGCUGGACAACAAUGCUGAUGCCAAUGUGAAAGAGCACGUGUCUGGUUUCACUCCUUUGAUGGAGGCUGCUGCUUGUGGCCAUGAAAUCAUUGUUCAGUACCUGCUUGAUCAUAAAGUUAAAGUGGACGAUCGCAACGCUAAGGGAGAGACUGCCCGCAUCUUAGCCAUGAUAUACGGCUAUACCAAGAUCGUCAGCCUCAUUGACACACACUCUUCAAAAAUCAAACUGGGGCGUUUUGAGGACCUGAGCUCAUCUGAGGACUCCGAUAGCGCACCCCGGAGGCACCGGCUAAGUCGGAGCCGAACUAAAGGCAUUAGCAUUCAUGACGGGCCCCAGGCCAUCGCCAAGUUCCGAGUAGGAGACACCAGCAAACUGUGUGAGCCACCUGCGGCACCACCAGGCUACGUGACAUUCCGUGACACUGGGGAACAGAGUGACAUAAUCUCUUACCGUGAUGUCACCUCGCCCAUUAACGAACUGGACGGCCAGAGCAACAGCAGCAGAGACGAGAGUCCGUUCUUUGACAAUGACAUGUCCACCAUGAGGAGCAGCAGUAGCAGCAGCGAAUGCCUGCCUCAUGCGAUUGGCCUAAACUGGGAAGGAUCUGUGGAGAGUAAUGAUGAUUCUGAUCAAUGCAAAAAGAGCAGCUCUCGCCGAGUAAGUAAGAACCAUCACUCAAAAGGCAAGAGUCGCCAAGGGAGCAGCGACGCAGUAUACUUCAGUAGCACAGCAAACUGUGGGACCCAGUCGCAUGUUGGUCCUUCACCCUCAUACGCUGGCCCAAAGGAUCUGGCAGAGUUCUUGGAGCAAAUUGGCUUCUCAAAGUACCUCCCCUUACUCGAAGAGCAAGACAUUGACCUGCGGAUCUUUCUCACCCUCACUGAGAAUGACUUAAAGGAAGUAGGGAUCACACUGUUUGGACCAAAACGCAAGAUGACCUCUGCUAUUGCGAGAUGGCACAGCAGUGCUCGACCACCCAGCGAUGCUUUAGAACAGUCCUAUGCUGACAAGCUCGAGGCUGAGAUGCAAGAGAUGGCCAUUCAGCUCCACAAGCACUAUGAGGAGGUGGGGAGCCUGCAGAGCCAAGUGUCCCAGGAAAAGGAGCUUCGUACUGUGAUGGAGGGAUGCCUGAUGGAGGACAAGAUGGCCUGGAGGAGGGUCCAUGCUGAGUUAGUGGAGAAUCACCGUCUGGCACAAGACAUGUGUGCCACACUGGCAAAGGCCAGAAGCUGCCGCGCUGAACUACUCUCUUGUCUCACCACAAGUGGGAGUGGUGGCGUGGAAGAUACAGUAAAGGGUGAUACUGGUGUUCACAGUGAGUUCAAGUGCACACCAUCUCUCUCUACAUGUGUUUCCACAGAGGGCCUGACUCCCACAUCUUUUCUAGAUCUAAUGAAGAAGUUGGAUUCCUGUGAAGAAGAACUUGCGGGAACCUUACAAAUCGUACUUCAGAGCCUCAGGCGACUGAGUGCUACAGAGAAAGUCUCCGAUAGCUGGGAGCAUCCUUAACCUUUACAGGUGCAUCUGUCACCAUUGACGGAGGGUGAGUUUACCACCCUGAACCCGAUGCGAGAGAAGGCCAAAGACGAGGCCAGCCUUGUCAAGCAGCUGCUGCUUUGAGAAGAGGCUGACGUACCAGAGCUCGCCACACGUGGACGAGGUCAGAGGCAGCUACUGCAGCAAAGUGACAAGCAGGCAGGAAGGGUACGUGACCCUCACAUGCUUGUGCAGGUGUUUACUGGACUUGUGUAAUGGCACUGCAGAAGAGGAGGGAUGAACAUGCAUCUUUCUUCAAGCUGUCUUACUGUGAAAAGUAUGAGAUGAGGUGGAAAAGUUUUCACCACAAGAAGAAAAGGUACAUUUAUUUAAGAUGCGAUAGUCUAUUUAGUUCAAGUGUUCAUACAGCUGUGCUUCAGUUUGAAUGAGAUCUUUGUGUAUAUGCUGUUGAGUAUUAACUGUCCUGCUGGAUGUAUUUUAAAGAGUAACUCAUGGUAUACAGUGCAGUUGGUGUGAAUUUCUCUUUCUACAUGCAGUUUGACACUGAAAUUCCCUUUCCAUGUCUCAUCAUUACCAGCUGAAC